AGUAUUUGGGUAAUUUCUAAAUGAGACGUGCUAAUAGAAUCAAAUUAUUGAUCAGACUAAAGAUAUCUUGUAAUUUUCUAUUAUCUACUAACAUGUCUUCUACUGUGUGUUUCAUGCUAACUUGACAAAGCUUACUAGAUUUUACUUACAAAGUAAUCAUUAAUUCUUUAGUCUUCCUUUCUUAAUGCUUUAAUACUUUCCUGAAACCUGAGGAUUCAGUGUUUGAUUCUAAACAUUUAUUUAAACAAAAGGGCUUGCUGAAGGCAGAGUUUAUCACCCGCUUUCUACAAACACUGUUUUUUUUUUAAAAAAAAGUUGAAGGGAUUAGAUCUGUUUUUAUUUUAAAAUUCUGGGGUGCAUUGAUUGAAAUAAUGUAUUUUGGUGACCAGGAUCAGAGCAUUGUAUUCAUGGAGAGUUUUGAAAGGAACAUCACAAACUAGCCCAAAUUCAGAGGAAGGCCAUCAAGGGGGUAUAUCUGUCUAGAAACCCCAUAAUGUGGAGGAACUGGAGAUAUUUUAUUUUUGGUUUUCAUGAAGAGGAAGAAUGGAAUACGCUGGUCUAAAUAGAAGUUAUUAUAGAGAAGCAGAUUUUGGUUUAAUAAAAGAAGAAAGCUUUAAAUAGCUUGAACUUUCCCACAGCAGAUGUGCUUCUUGAGAAUAAAUCUCUUAUCACUGGAUUGGGAAUAAGCACGGCUUCUUUCUGGUGAUGCUGUGGAACCUUCAGAAAGCCCGACCACUCUGGAUUACAAAUUUACAGGAGGAUGAAAUGGAAGAAAUGGAGAGCCCACAAUCACCUGGUCAACUUUUAAACCCUGCUCUAGCCCACUCUGUGUCUGUGGCAUCAUGUGGCAAUAUUUUUAGUUGUGGUGCAGAAGAUGGUAAAGUUAGAAUCUUUAGGGUGAUGGGAGUCAAGUGUGAACAAGAACUGGGAUUUAAGGGCCACACUUUGGGGGUAUCCCAGGUCUGCUUUCUGCCAGAAUCCUAUUUGCUGCUUACUGGAGGGAAUGAUGGAAAGAUAAUGUUGUGGGAUGUAGGCAGUGAAGUUGAGAAGAAACAGAAGAGUCCUACAAAACAUACCCACAGGAAGAAAACUAAAAGAGCAACUUAUACCAAGCAGGGUGGAAACACUAAUGCUUCAGUAACAGAUGAAAAACAUGGCAAAAUUUUACCAAAGCUAAGUAUUGAACAUGGAGAAAAAGUGAACUGGCUCUUGAGUACAAAAAUAAAGGGAUACCAAAAUAUCUUAGUAGCUGAUCAAACUAGUUGUAUAUCUCUGUAUCCCUUACAUGAAUUUUAAAUUCAAUAAAAACACUUGGAAAACUGCAGCAAAACUUUUUAGGUUAAAAAAUAAUCCUGAUUCUUUGUUUAAAAACUCGUGUAGAAUAAUACCAUUCUGAUGUAUAAAUGUUAAGACAUUUGAGCAAAAGAAGAUACUUGGAUAAUGCUUCAUAUAGUAAAUGAUAUUAAAAUUUGAGGGAAGAGAAUUAAUAUUCACUCAGUACUGAUCAUAUACCAGUGACUUUACAUAUAUUUCAUUUUUUAUUCCAAAUCAAUUUAAGUGGAUGAUUUCCCCCAUUUUAUUGCCACGGGAAUUGAGAGAAAUGUUCUGUAACUUGAGAAUCCAGGAAAAUCGCAGGCCUAAUUUCCUGCAAAGGAUCUUGGUUGUCUUA